AUGUCCAUGCCAGCGAAAGAGGAAAUAAACGCGCCAACGCCAGGAGACAUAAACCAAGUGCGAGAAUGGCUGACAGAGCACAAUUACACCACAGAUCCAAUGCAAGCGGUGCAGGAAUUGAAGGAGCUAGUAAACGCACACGCCAGGCAGACGAGUGAGGGACUGGAAGUGGAGGAAGGGUAUUCGGAGGCUUUCACCAAGCUCAGCGCGCUCAUCAAUAGCUUCAGAUUCGCUUUAGCGGAGGAACAGCGCAGACAAGAGCAGAUGCCUCACUCAUUUGGUCUCCGCGCUCGUACCCGUCACUUGUUCUCCCGUAACUUCAAGGAGCACGGUCCAAUCCACCUUAAAACCUACCUCACUCCAUACAAGGUUGGUGACAUUGUAGACAUCAAGGCUAACCCAGGUGAGCAACGCGGUAUGCCACACAAGUUCUACCACGGUCGCACCGGUAUCGUAUUCAACGUCGCUCCACGUGCCGUUGGUGUCAUCGUCUACAAGAUUAUCCGCUCCCGCUACAUCGAGAAGCGUGUCAACUUGCGUAUUGAGCACGUCAAGCACUCCAAGUGUCGUGAGGAGUUCUUGAGACGCGUUAAGAGCAACAGACAAGCUCUCUCUGAGGCUAAGCAAAAGGGCGAGCGUGUCAACCUUAAGCGUUCACCAAAGCAACCACGUGAAGGUCAAAUGCUCAAGUCAAAGACUACUCCAGAGACCAUCGCUCCUAUCGCUUACGAUACUUACAUUUAA